ACAGAAUACUAAGUUAUCACAACACAACAUAAAUUAAAUAAUAAUAAAACAGUUUUCUUAGGUGUAUUUACACGUUUUUCAAUUAAAUUGAAAUGGCGUUAACCGUGGACCAAUGUGACACACUUUUAAAGAUAAUCGAAGAGAACAAUGCGAAAAAUCAAACACUGGAAUCUAUUGCCAAUGAGGUUAGCAAGAAAUUUGAUAGUUGUGAUUAUUUCAAAGUGGGAACCUGUUUGGUGAUGUUAUUGCAGCAAAAUAUGUUUCAAGAGCCAGAACAACGUUUAGUGGCUAUAACAAUAUUGCAUGAGUUGUAUAGAGGGGAGUCAAUAGCUAAUACACCUUUCGCAAGUGUAUUUAUCCAUUUGCUUCAUCCUCCAGAAACAAAUAACACCUCAAAGUUACAUUACCCUGGCCAACUACCCAAACUGAAUCCACAGGAGCGUCAGUUUGUAUCACAGCUGAUUUUGGAAGUUCCCAAAGAUGUGAUGUUGAAGAAGACAGCUGCACAGAUAUUGAGCUCAGAUAAUGGCCAAACUCUCACAUUGGAUCUGUCUGCUAUGCAACUGACUUUGGCAGAGAAACAAUCAGAGUUACCACAUACUUGUAAAUCAGCCAUUCCUGUCAUUUUGUCAUAUCCUGAAAAAAGCCAAAACAAUCAAGUGAAUGAUGAUCUGGAAACUACAAUAAAAACGUUAUCAUGUGGUGAUGGAGCAGCCAUGAAUAAAGUGUACAAACCAGAGUUUGUCACAUUAGCACCCCCUCUUUUAAAUUGCCAAGAUGAACCUGUUUGGUUUAAUGUUUCAAACCCCAUGCAACAUACAAUAGCUUAUGAUUCGUCAAUGUGUGUUCCAAAUAUGGCUGGACAGGAAGCAAAAUCGUUAAUGAGUAAAGCUUACAAAACUGCAUUAACAUUGCAACAGCAGAACCACUUAUUGGGAGAACUUGAAAAUGAUUCGAAAUUGGUAUACCAUAUAGGAUUGACACCAUCACGAUUACCAGAACUAGUUGAAAAUAAUCCACUUAUUGCGAUUGAAGUAUUGUUGAAACUGAUGCAAUCCAAGCAAAUAACAGAGUACUUCAGUGUAUUGGUGAAUAUGGAAAUGUCACUGCAUUCAAUGGAAGUUGUUAAUAGGUUAACGACAACCGUCGAUUUACCAACAGAGUUCGUCCAUUUGUACAUUUCUAAUUGCAUUUCCACAUGUGAAACAAUAAAAGAUCGGUACAUGCAGAACCGAUUGGUCAGAUUGGUGUGCGUUUUUCUGCAGAGUUUAAUUAGAAAUAAAAUUAUUAACGUGCAAGAACUAUUCAUCGAGGUGCAAGCCUUUUGCAUCGAGUUCAGCAGAAUCAGGGAGGCUGCAGCGCUUUUCAGAUUGCUGAAGCAACUGGAAUCCGGCGAAAUUGUUCUUUUCUUUCCCUCAACUGGAAAUAACAAGACGAAAAUCGAGGGAUGAGAUGGCAUUGUUAACAAUUUUAUUUUAAAUUUGAUUAAUCUGAAUGCUGUGUCAUGGUAUGUAAUAUAUAUAU